AUGGGAAGAAAGCUGCGACACGUGCUGAUUUUCCUUCUCAUCAUCCUGAAGGAGCCCAACAUGCCAGAAGCUGCCGACUGCAGCUGCGCACCAUCAUCAGCCUGCAGGUGCCCUGGUAUGGGCCUCACAAGCAUCCCGCAGAACCUCCCAACAUCCAUAGUCGAAUUAUUGCACCUGCAAAACAACCGGAUAAGAAUGAUUCACGCAGGCACAUUUGCAAAUCUACUCAAACUGCACGAGUUGGGCUUGGGCCACAAUCAGAUAGAAAUGAUUCAAGAAGAUUUAUUUCAAAACCUACCCAGACUACAAAAAUUAGACCUGUCCAACAACCAGUUAACAAUGAUUCAGACACGUACAUUUUACAAUCUGCCUCACCUGUUCCGGUUGAAACUGGAAGGUAACCAGAUAACAGUGAUUCAGAUGGGUACAUUUCACAAUCUAGCGGAUCUGCAGACUCUGUAUCUGUCCCAAAACCAGAUAACAAUGAUUCAGAGGAAUACAUUUCAAAAUCUAGCGAAUCUGCAAACUCUGCGUCUGUCCCAAAACCAGAUAACGAUGAUUCGGACGGAUGCGGAAACAACACCAAAAUCUGCAGGAAUAUCCAGUAGUCAUAAUCAGACAGAGCAAGAUCAGUCUCAUUACUCUCAUACCAUCACUGAAUCCAACAGAAAAACCACAUGUGCCGUAGUGACCAGUGGUCAUGAUCACCCGUAUGAAGAUGUUGACAACCAUCAUGUAAAGACAGGGCAGGGGCAGUCUCAGGUCAUUACUGAAUCCAAUAAGAAAACCGCCGCUAUAGUAAUGACCAGUAGUGAUGUUGAGACAGGGCAGGCUUGA